AUGCACACGAAGGCGCAAUUUGACGAUUGCAAAUGGAAUUUUGUCAAAUCUUCGGAAGGGUCGCUGUAUGGAAAUAAAGGUGGAGCUAGCGAUGAGACGGUUAACGGAGCACCAAGUGGAGAUCGUGAAGCCGUCAGCCCUCCCACUUCGAUGCACAGCUUGCUCACCUGCAUACGUCUUCUGCAGUCGUGCUCCCUUGCGGAACGCGACUAUCCAUGUCAUGUUGGUAACACCAGUGUCAUCAGUGGAUAUCUGUUGCUCAUGAGCGAACCCGAUAGCCGGGGCACCAGGGACGGUUCGCGUCUAACCGCUUCGGCACCAGGCCGCAUGAUAGCGCAAGGAGCUCCUUUUCCAACCUACACUCAACACGAAGCACCAACGGCUGUCUGCGCACCACCCCCGGAUAACAAACGCAUCGCUUUCCGUAAAUUCGACCUGGAGUGA